AUGGGCAAAAUUAACGGAUGUCUCAAAUGCCUUUUUAUCUUCUUCAAUGUUGUGUUUGCAAUCAUUGGAUGCCUGCUGAUUUUUGGAGCAGUCAAGUCUACUGCUGUCAGUAGCCAGCUUUCUUCAGUGGGGACUCCAGGAAUAGGGUGGGGAUGGGUCUUUGCCAUUGGAGUCCUGGGCAUUUCUUGCCUGGGAAUCUACGCCGGAUGCUCAGAGAAGCAGCUGGUGCUUAAAAUUUUUGCAGGUUUCAUGGUUGCUGGAAUGGUCGUCAUGCUGAUCUUUGGCAUCUAUAUAGUUGUCACAAGAAACAAGCUCAGAGAUGUGUUCACAAACGCUGCGUCGGAGGCGAGCGAGGCCUUCAUGCAGCAGGACAACUUCAGAACUUCGCUGAAGGAUCUCCAGACUGCCGGAGAGUGCUGUGGGCUGAGCAAAGCUGAGGACUGGGGCUCCGUGAUCCCAGACUCCUGCUCCUGUGAUGGCUCUAACGGGGGAUACAGGGGAUACGGGAUUGGAUUGACAAACAAAGGAUGUAAAGCCAGACCACAAGGCACUACCGGCCCAGAUCAGAUCUACGCCACUGCCUGUGGAGAAUUCCUCUUCAAUACUGUGGACCUUAUCCUAAAGAUUACAAUUGGCUUCUGCUUUGGAUGUGCAGUUACAGCUUUGCUGGGGCUGUUGGUCACACUGCUCAUGCUGCACCAGGUGAAACGUCACGAUGGAGAUGGCCCUGGUAUGACCAUGAAGAACUACUGA